AUGUUGGAGAUGCUUGAAUACAGCCACUAUCAGGUGCAGUCCCACCUGGAGAAUCCCACAAAGUACCACAUCCAGCAAGCUCAGAGGCAGCAGGUGAGGCACUAUUUGUCCACCACCCUUGGUGGUAAAGCCAGCGGUCAGUGCCCCAGCCAGCCCCCCGAGCAUGGCAUGCCGCCCGGGCCUGGCAGCAGCGCUCCAAACAGCCCCAUGGCCCUGCUUACUCUGAGCUCCAACUGUGAGAAAGAGAUGGAUGAUGUUAUCGAUGAUAUUAUAAGCUUGGAGUCAAGUUAUAAUGACGAUGUACUUGGAAUAAUGGACCAAGCACUCCAAAUGAACAACCCGCUCCCUGUGUCUGGUAACCUUCUUGAUGUUUACGGCAACCAAGCACUUCCUCUGCCAGGCCUCGGCAUCAGCAACUCCUGUCCACCCAACAUUAAGAGGGAAUACACAGUUACUCCAGCUCCUGACAUGAAGCAAGUACUGGACAAGACUGGAUCCUGUGGCCAGUAUGAAAACUAUCACAGGCCAGAGGGCUUUCCAGUAGAGGCUGAAGUACGAGCUCUUGCUAAAGAGAGACAGAAGAAAGACAACCACAACUUAAUUGAACGAAGACGGAGAUUCAACAUCAAUGACAGAAUCAAAGAACUUGGAACCCUGAUCCCCAAGUCAAAUGACCCAGACAUGCGGUGGAAUAAGGGCACUAUUCUGAAGGCCUCGGUGGACUAUAUCAGAAGGCUACAGCGAGAGCAGGAGAGGGCCAAGGAGCUGGAGUGCCGACAAAGGAAGCUGGAGCACGCGAACCGCCAUCUAAUGCUUCGUAUACAGGAGUUGGAAAUCCAGGCCCGAGCUCAUGGUCUGACAGUGGUGGCGUCCCCAUCUUACUGCACAUCAGAGCUGAUGGCCAGAGCCAUCAAACAGGAGCCCCUCCUCAGUGACUGCCCCUCAGAUCACUACCAGCACUGCACGGCUGCUGACAUGUCUCCUCCAACCACGCUCGACCUCAACAACGGAACAAUAACCUUUGACCAGGUUCCGGCAGAUGCUGGGGACCCUGGCACCUAUGGAAACUCCAGGACCUGUAAACUGCAAGAGUUGACAAAGGAAAACACCCUGUCACCUAUUUCUCCAAGUGACCCCCUGCUGUCCUCCAUGUCUCCAGAUGGCUCCAACAUCAGCAGCCGCCACAGCUCCAGCUCUGGUAUGGAGGACAAGGAGCAAGGCUGUUAG